CACAUGACUUCAGAGGGGAUGGGCAGAGGCGGCCAGAGGUCCCGCUUCACGCCCGGGGUUGUGUGUGAUGGAGGAAGAAAAGAGUUUUCUUCAAAACCAAUGUCAGGGUCAAGCAUCCAGCAUGUGUACGGCGCGCAGCACCCCCCCUUCGACCCGCUGCUACACGGCACCUUGCUCAAGGCCGCGCCCAAGGCGCCCACGACGCCCGUGAAGGCCAAGAGAGUCAGCACCUUCCAGGAGUUUGAGAGCAACACCAGCGACGCCUGGGACGCCGGCGAGGACGACGACGGGCUCCUGGCCAUGGCGGCCGAGAGCCUGAACUCCGACGUGGUCAUGGAGACGGCCAACCGCGUCCUGCGCAACCACAGCGAGCGGCAGGAGCGCCACAAGCGGUGGGAGGCGCCGGGCCCCGAGCCGAAGUCAAAGCCUUCGGCAGAGCCUCCUCCGGUCCCGAGCGGUGACCUCCGGCUGGUGAAGUCCGUCAGCGAGAGCCACACGUCCUGUCCCGCAGAAAGUGCCAGCGACGCUGUCCCUCUGCAGCGCUCCCAGUCUCUUCCACAUUCGGUGACGGUCGCCCUGGGUGGCACGUCUGACCCCAGUGCCGUCAGCAGCUCAGCGUUAAGUGAACGAGAGGCCUCGCGGCUCGACAAGUUCAAGCAGCUCCUUGCCGGCCCCAACACAGACCUCGAGGAAUUGCGGAAGUUGAGCUGGUCCGGAAUCCCGAAGCCAGUUCGUCCGAUUACCUGGAAGCUGCUCUCAGGUUACCUUCCUGCCAAUGUGGACCGAAGACCAGCCACUCUCCAGAGAAAACAGAAAGAAUAUUUUGCUUUUAUUGAGCACUAUUAUGACUCUCGGAACGAUGACGUUCACCAGGACACCUACAGGCAGAUCCACAUCGACAUCCCUCGCAUGAGUCCAGAGGCACUGAUUCUUCAACCCAAAGUGACGGAGAUUUUUGAAAGGAUAUUGUUUAUAUGGGCGAUACGUCACCCUGCCAGUGGAUAUGUUCAGGGGAUUAAUGACCUUGUCACUCCUUUCUUUGUAGUCUUCAUGUGCGAACACAUAGAGGAGGAGGAGGUGGACGCCGCCGACGUCUCCCGCGUGCCCGCAGACGUGCUGCGUAACGUCGAGGCCGACACGUACUGGUGCAUGAGCAAGCUGCUGGACGGUAUUCAGGACAACUAUACGUUUGCCCAGCCUGGGAUUCAGAUGAAGGUGAAAAUGUUGGAAGAGCUCGUGAGCCGGAUUGAUGAGCCCGUGCACCGGCACCUGGAGCAGCAUGAGGUGAGGUACCUGCAGUUCGCCUUCCGCUGGAUGAACAACCUGCUGAUGCGGGAAGUGCCGCUGCGCUGCACCGUCCGCCUGUGGGACACCUACCAGUCUGAACCCGAUGGCUUCUCUCAUUUCCACCUGUAUGUCUGCGCUGCUUUUCUGGUGAGAUGGAGGAAGGAAAUUCUGGAGGAGAGGGAUUUCCAGGAGCUGCUGCUCUUCCUUCAGAACCUGCCCACGGCGCACUGGGGCGACGAAGACAUCAGCCUGCUGCUGGCCGAGGCCUACCGCCUGAAGUUUGCCUUCGCGGACGCCCCCAAUCACUACAAGAAGUGAGCCGGGGCCGGCGCAGCGGGCCGCACCCCGCCGGGGGCCGUGGGUCCGGGGCCGAGGACAGGUCUCGCUGGGCAGCCCCGCUCUCCAGGGAGCAGGCCGGGACUGGGCGUCAGACGAGGGUCAGGGCCUGGCCGGGGUGGGGGGGCUGCUGCCUCUGUUUCCUGAGAUACCAAAGAGAGCCGGGGAGGGUGUUGGCCCUUCAGGGGCCCUGCCCUGGAGCGUCCUUGCCAAAUGCCCGCCUCCUGGAGCCACCAGGGCACAGCAGCCCGAGAGCCAGACCCUCUGGAGAGGCCUGCUGUCUGGUGCCGGGGCGGAAGGAGGUGGCCAUCAUCUCAUACCUGCUUUGAAAUGCAAAAAUCCUAUUCUGUUGAGUGAAAGAAAAUAAAACAUAGACAAGAACAUAGAAGUGAACUA